CAUGACGUCGGCUGUGAGAUCCACGCCAUGGCGCUUGAAAGUUGUCCACGUUGAUCUCUCUGUGGUUCUUCACACUUCUUUGGUGUGCGCGCCGCGACAUCACCGCGGAUUCAACAAUUGGCCGCUGGAUGUUGACACCUUUUUCUCCCGCAAGACCGGCGGCGAGGCUCCGGGCGUCCGGCUCCAUCCCUCCCAGGACUCGGCAGGGUGGCCGUGACGAGUCUGCGUGGGGGCUUCACGUCGUCUUGGAGCCGCCGCCGUCCCCGACAGGUGUGCGUUGGCGCGUCACACAACAAUUGCGUGGACUUUAUUAGUGGAAGAUGCGGAGCUGGGACGCAUGCAAGAGAACAUGAGGAGGAGUCCACACCGCGCAAGUAUGGGACUUCCUGUGCUUUGCAGAUGGCUGGUGUUCAUAGCGGCGGUGCCUGCCUGGCUGCUGGCGGCUCCAAACGGCAACCGCGAGCGUCCCUGCCUAGCGAGCUGCAGAUGCGACGGCAAAAUAAUCUACUGCGAAUCCAACGCGUUUCGUGACGUGCCGAGCAACGUGUCCGUGGGAACACAGGGACUCUCGCUGCGUUACAACAGCCUGAUGAACCUCAGGGCCCACCAGUUUGCGGGCCUCAGUCAGCUGGUUUGGUUGUACCUUGACCACAACUACAUCGGCGCCGUGGACGGCCAAGCGUUCCACGGCAUACGCAGGCUCAAAGAAUUGAUUCUCAGCUCCAAUAAGAUGACCCUACUUAAGAACAACACUUUCCAUGAUGUACCCAACCUCCGCAAUCUGGACCUCUCCUACAAUAAACUACAGGUACUUCAGCCUAAUCAAUUUGUGGGGCUGAGGAAGUUACUCAGUUUACACUUGAGGUCCAAUUCUUUAAAAACUGUCCCCAUGCGGGUUUUCCUUGACUGCCGCAACCUGGAAUUCCUGGAUAUUGGCUACAACAGGCUACGGAGUCUCACUCGUAACGCCUUUGCCGGACUCUUCAAGCUCAUCGAGCUGCAUUUGGAGCACAACCAGUUUUCCAAGAUCAAUUUUGCACAUUUCCCCCGCCUGACCAACCUGAGGGCCCUCUACUUGCAAUGGAACCGCAUCAAAGCGCUGACUCAGGGCCUGCCGUGGAUGUGGACUUCCCUGCAAAAGCUCGACCUGUCUGGAAACGAAGUCCAGACCUUGGACCCGAGUACGUUCCAAUGCCUGCCCAACCUCCAGACGCUCAACCUGGACUCCAACAAACUGAACAACGUGUCUCAGCAGACAGUGGAGACUUGGAUCUCCCUCACCACCAUAAGUCUGGCGGGUAAUCUGUGGUACUGCAACCCAAACAUAUGUCCCCUAGUGGACUGGCUCAAGGCCUUCAAAGGGAACAAGGAGACCACGAUGAUCUGCACAGGCCCUAAGGAGGCACAAGGAGAAAAAGUAAGCGAUGUGGUGGAGACUUAUAACAUUUGCACAGUAACGCCGAGCCCCAUUACCUCGACAAGGGCACCGCUCACGUCUGCGUUUCAAAGCGAACCGCCCCCCCUUCCCACGCAGCCUGAAGUGGAUGAGAAGCUCACAGGGAACAGGACAGCCACCCCGACCCUUACCCCUACCCAGGCCUCCCCCACCAUCCCUUCACCAGAUUCCGAGUACGUGUCCUUCCAUAAGAUCAUCGCCGGUAGCGUGGCUCUGCUGCUGUCGGUGACUAUCAUCCUCCUUGUUAUUUACGUCUCAUGGAAGCGCUAUCCCAGCAGCAUCAAACAACUUCAGCAGCGCUCGGCGGUCAAAAAGCGGCAGAAAAAAAGCCGGGAGACGGAGCGCUCGCUUAGUUCGCCACUGCAAGAGUAUUACGUGGACUACAAGCCUUCGCACUCAGAGACAAUGGAUGUGCUGGUUAAUGGGACAGGACCUUACACAUACACCAUCUCAGGCUCCAGGGAAUGUGAGAUCCCGCUGCAGCUGAGAGCCCUGACGUACGGCUGCGAGCAGUCAGUGCUGGACUACUGCCACGCUCACCUGCACCUCAACACGGAGCCCCGCAUUCAGGAGACGGACAGUCGCAGGCCGAGCAGGUACCAGCGGGGCCCGGUGGCCCAGCCUGUGUCGUCCUUCUCCCGGACCCAUUCCCUCCGACAGUAAACACCAGUAAAUAAUCGGCAGACUUUUGGAAUAAAACAAGCUGUUGAAGGGAAGGUGUGCUGGUAAAGAAGCAACAGAGACACUUCAUCUGCUGAAGAGCAUCCAGGGCCACAGGGUAAUGAGGAGGACAUAUUUCUCCGUGGAAAUAUAAGUCUGCUAUUGAUUGAUGAGUCCCUGACCCAUCAAACCCUCAAUAUGCCUCAAUUAGCCAAGGAGGCUGAACAGCAGCCUGACUUUUAAUGUUCCGCUCCUGCUCGUUGAGGAGUGUCAAGGAUAAUACUUCACUCAUUUCUUAAUCCCAUGAAAAGAUUCUGUAUUUUUGCCACUUGUCCACGUCUGGGUGCCUCUUCUGUGUCAGGUAAAGUAAACAAACGCAAAAGGCUUCAAAAAAAAACACCAGACGUGAGAAACUGUGUUGGAAGUUUUUCGUUCUGCUGCUUUUUUGUUUUGUUUGGAUGUUGCGAUCGUUAUGAAUCUGUCGGGGAGAAGACCCCGGACCACUUUCAUGUCCACGCUAAAUUACAGAACGGACGGGAAAAGUGUCACAUGUACAGCCAGAAAAUAGUAUUUUUGAUUACGCCGAUUGCAUCGCCACAAAGUCCAGCCCCUGCUUCUGCUCCACCAGGGUCCUCUGAAUGAGAGUCAAGCUGCGUUAGGCAUUGAGCUAAAAGCCCGGGCUGUCAACUUCUCAUCCAGCGCUCGUUUUUAAGGCAGGGAUAUUUAACUACAUUGUUCUGGGGGACACAUUUCCAGAGAGCUAAGGACCAGGGUGUCACUAUGGGCCUGAUUUACUAACAUGUAAAUACCAUGCACUUAACAGCGUGUGCAAUCUAUACAAUAGUGUGUGCUCUUAGUUUUAGACUCCAUAGCUCCUGUUUUUGUGUGCACCCUUGUUUGUUUUAGUUACCAUGGCAACUUAUGAUUUUCACCUGCCUCUGGUGUUCGGGACACGCACCUGUUUCCAAUCAAGAGACAUGAUUUAGGCCCACCUUUGCCAGUGAGUCGUCCUGGCGUCAUUAUUGGUUUCAUGCCACAGUUUUAUGUUGUGCUAUGCCAUAGUUCAUGUUAGUUGUUUCAUGCCACAGUUUCAUGUCGUGCUAUGCCAUAGUUCAUGUUAGUUGUUUCAUGCCACAGUUUAAUUUUGUUCCAUGCCAUAGUUCAUGUUAGUUGUUUCAUGCCACAGUUUCAUGUUGUGCUAUGCCAUAGUUCAUGUUAGUUGUUUCAUGCCACAGUUUCAUGUCGCGCUAUGCCAUAGUUCAUGUUAGUUGUUUCAUGCCACAGUUUCAUGCCGCGCUAUGCCAUAGUUCAUGUUAGUUGUUUCAUGCCACAGUUUCAUGUCGCGCUAUGCCACAGUUCAUGUUAGUUGUUUCAUGCCACAGUUUCAUGUCGUGCUAUGCCAUAGUUCAUGUUAGUUGUUUCAUGCCACAGAUUCAUGUUGUGCUAUGCCAUAGUUCAUGUUAGUUGUUUCAUGCCACAGUUUCAUGUUGUGCUAUGCCAUAGUUCAUGUUAGUUGUUUCAUGUUACAGUAAGUCUUGUUUGUUCUAUGUCCAUAGUUCAUGCUAAGUGUUAGCUAUGUUUCCUGCGUUAAGUUUUUUUUUUGUUCUUUACCCUCUCGUGCGAACGGCACGCUUUCCGUUUGUGUUAGUUCCUGUCUUUUGUGAUGUGUAGUAUUGAUUAAUUAAUAGAUAUGUUCCUACCUUCAAGUCCUGUCCGGAAUAGUCCGUUUGCAUCCUGGGAGAACAAACCUCGCAGUAAGCUGCGACCCCCCCCCCCCCC